AUGAAGAUAGGUGCUCCAUUUCGAUUUGCUUCUUUUCUUUCCCUCUUCCUCAUCUUCUUCUUCUUCUUCUUCGCUCAAAAUGUAUGUCUAGCCAAGCCAAUGAACGUGAUCGAUAAGUGUUGGAGACGAGAUACAAAUUGGCGCGAACAUCGACAACGCUUAGCCAAAUGUUCUGUCGGGUUUGCUGGAAAGAUGACCAAUAAUAUUGGAAAAGGAACCAUUCGAUAUAAAGUUACUGAUCCUAGCGAUGAUCCUUUGGAUCCUAAACCUGGAACCCUAAGGUACGGAGCAUUAAUAGAAGGGAAAACAUGGAUCACAUUUAAAAAGAACAUGAAGAUCACGCUUCAAAAAGUCCUUCUAAUAAGUAGCAACACUGCCCUCGAUGGUCGCGGCGUUGGUGUUCACAUUGAGGGUAAUGCAUGUCUUGUCAUUUACAAGGCAAGCAAUGUGAUCAUACAUGGGCUUCAUAUUCACCACUGCAAGGCCCAGGGCCCAAGCUUGGUAAUGGGUCCAAGAGGGAAGAUCAUGUCACUGGGCGCAAUGGAUGGGGAUGCCAUCAGACUAGUGACCGCAUCAGAAGUGUGGAUUGACCAUAAUACCCUCUAUUCUUGCCAAGAUGGCUUGUUGGACGUCACCCGUGGAUCUACAAAUGUGACCGUGUCGAACAACUGGUUUAGGAACCAAGACAAGGUCAUGCUUCUUGGCCACGACGAUGGCUACCUACGAGAUCGGGGAAUGAAAGUUACAGUUGUCUUGAACCAUUUCGGACCCAAUUGCAAUCAACGUAUGCCUAGGGUUAGAUAUGGAUAUGCACACGUAGUCAACAACUUGUACCAAGGGUGGACUCAAUAUGCGAUUGGUGGAAGCAUGAACCCCAGCAUCAAGAGUGAAUCUAAUUACUUCAUUGCUCCUCAAUCAGGGAAGAAAGAGGUAACUUGGAGAAAAGGUGUUGACCACAACAGCAAGCCAUGGACUUUCUACUCCGUAAAUGAUUACUUCGAGAAUGGAGCUUGUUUUGAGGAAACAGGAAAAGAUGAAGCCAAACCUAAUUACGACGAUGAACAAAAGUUCCCAAUUGCCGAGGCCAAAACCGUAAAAAACCUAACAUCCUCAGCCGGAGCUCUGAAGUGCUCUAGAACCUUGACGUGUUGA